AAGAAUCACAAACGCAAUAUCAUUUAAUAAUACAUCAUGGACAAAAAGAUUUUUUGUUAGUUUUAAUUAGGUUAUUAACAUAAUUUAAGUUUAGAGUAUGAUUAAUUUUUAAAACAUAUUGCAUAAACCAAUAAGUUAGUCGAUAUACCACUAUUCACUGGCUCACUAUAAAAAGGACCGGCAAAAUUCAAAUUAUUCAGUAUUUGUUUGUCCACAGUACAACAAAAACAAUUAAUAAAAAUGUUCAAAUUCGUAGUACUUGCUGCCUUGGUAGCCGUUGCUGCUGCCAAACCAGGACUUUUAGCUCCAAGCCUCCUUAGCACUCCUGCAGCUGCACCAAUUAUUCCACAAUCCAUCAGUCUGACUAGAGCUUCCGUUUUGCCAAGUGCUCCUGUGUUGGCUUCUGCUCCACUUGUUGCUUCUUCUGGACUUAUUGCCUCUUCUGGACUCGUCGCUCCUGCUCCACUUUUAGGUGCUGGUCCUAUUGUGAGAUCUGCCCCACUCGUAGCUGGUGCUCCUCUGAUUUCCGCAGCUCCAUCCCCUCUUGUUCAAGCUUGGUGAAUGUGAUUGUUAGUUGUAAAUGUAUAAAAUGUAAAUAAAAUAUUUAAGCAACAAA